AUGUUGGACACAGCGAAACGUUUGAAUGUAGUUGACUGCUGCACUAUAAGUGGCCGUUUAGAAGAAUUUGUCAACCUUGGUAUUGGUCUCCAAAAGUGCCAGAAAUCACUUAACGAUUACUUAGAUUCCAAACGACGUAUAUUUCCAAGAUUUUUCUUCAUAUCGACUGAUGAGUUGCUAUCAAUUCUUGGUAGUAGCGAAUGUAGUUGUGUACAGGAGCAUAUGAUCAAGAUGUUCGAUAAUAUAAGAUCUCUAGAUUUAUAUGUAGAUCAUACCAAUAGACCAGUUGCUGCCAAAAUGAUAUCAGCUGAAGGAGAGAUAAUGGAGUUUAGACGCGUUGUAUACACCGAAGGAAGAGUGGAAGACUGGAUGAAUUUAGUGCUUAUUGAAAUGCGUAACACUAACAAAUUUAUUACAAAGAAAGCUAUAUUUUACUAUGGGAGGAACUGGAAAGUGCCUAGGACUGAUUGGAUCUUAGACUAUAUUGGCAUGGUAUGUUUGGCUGCUAACGGCGUUUGGUGGACGGCCGAGACGGAAGAAACUUUUAUUAGAAUCAGGAAAGGGAAUAAACGGGCCAUGAAGGAACACUUGCAGCAGCAGAAUGAACAGCUAGAUGGACUGGUUGUAAAAGUAAGACAAGAUUUGACGUCAAACGACCGUCUCAAGUUCCGUACAAUUACAACAAUAGACGUGCACGCACGUGAUAUCAUCGAAGGUUUCGUACGUGAUAACGUGACGGAAGCAGCCGAAUUCGAAUGGGAAAGUCAAUUGCGCUUCUAUUGGCUAAAGAAGGAUGAUAACCUUUGGAUAAGACAGUGCACGGGCGUUUUUGAAUAUGGAUACGAAUAUAUGGGCCUUAAUGGACGAUUGGUGAUCACUCCACUCACUGACAGAAUUUAUCUCACCAUCACCCAAGCGUUAACUAUGCAACUUGGGGGAGCACCCGCAGGGCCAGCGGGUACGGGCAAAACGGAGACUACUAAAGAUCUAGCGAAGGCUUUAGGAUUGUUAUGCGUCGUGACAAACUGUGGGGAAGGUAUGGACUUCCGCGCAGUAGGACAGAUCCUAGCGGGACUUUGUCAAUGUGGCGCCUGGGGUUGCUUCGAUGAGUUCAACAGAAUAGACAUAUCGGUGCUCUCUGUAAUAUCCACGCAACUGCAGUGUAUCAGAAGUGCGUUACUUAUGAAACUCAAAAGAUUUACCUUUGAAGGACAAGAAAUUGAUAUGGACAACAAAGUGGGCAUAUUCAUUACUAUGAAUCCAGGUUACGCGGGACGUACCGAAUUACCAGAAUCUGUGAAGGCACUGUUCCGACCUGUAGUGUGCAUUUUACCCGAUCUCGAGAUGAUUUGUCAGAUAUCACUGUUCUCUGAUGGAUUUCUAACGGCAAAGGUACUAGCAAAAAAGAUGACGGUGUUGUACAAAGUAGCUCGUGAACAGUUAUCCAAGCAAUCUCAUUAUGACUGGGGAUUGCGCGCAUUGACCGCCGUGUUGCGUAUGGCGGGCAAACUGCGCAGAGACUCACCAGGCUUGACUGAAAUCAUGGUGCUUAUGAGGGCGCUCAGAGACAUGAACCAUCCAAAGUUUGUUUUCGAAGAUGUGCCUCUGUUUCUCGGGCUGAUCAAAGAUCUGUUCCCUGGUCUGGAGUGUCCACGCGUGGGCUAUCCGGAAUUUAAUGCCGCAGUCAUUGACGUACUCGAGGCGGAUGGUUACAUCGUUCUUGCACAUCAGGUCGAUAAAGUUGUCCAAUUAUAUGAGACUAUGAUGACACGGCAUUGCUCAAUGUUAGUCGGACCCACUGGUGGUGGAAAGUCGGUCAUAUUGCAGACUCUAGUUAAAGCUCAGACUAACCUCGGUCUGCCUACUAAACUCACUGUGGUCAAUCCAAAGGCCUGUUCUGUCAUCGAGCUAUACGGUAUUCUGGAUCCAGUAACCAGAGAUUGGACUGACGGGUUAUAUUCUAAAAUAUUCAGAGAAAUGAAUAGGCCGGCUGAAAAAGACGAACGCCGAUAUUCUCUAUUUGAUGGCGACGUAGACGCUCUCUGGAUAGAGAACAUGAAUUCUGUGAUGGACGACAACAAAUUGUUGACGCUCGCGAACGGAGAGCGAAUUCGGCUAGCGCCUUACUGCUCGUUGCUUUUUGAAGUCGGCGAUCUCAAUUACGCGUCGCCUGCUACCGUUUCCCGCGCUGGGAUGGUAUUCGUCGACCCGAAGAAUCUAGGCUACCAACCCUACUGGGACAAAUGGCUUCGUGGUCGCAAUAACGAGGAGGAACGUGAACAGCUAGCAGGCUUAUUCGAGCACUAUGUAGCCGGCGCCAUCAACUAUAUAGUGUUUGGAAUGUUUGGACUUCAACAACAGACGCCUCUGAAAACCAUCGUACCGCAGACACCACUCAAUUUGGUA